CAGUACAAGUUGCCUUGCACGUUGUUCAACCACAUAUGGGUUGGGGCGCGGACGAAGGCAGAGGACCACUUCACCCGCCCGGCUGCGCACUGCAGAUUUCGUACAUGAGAGAUUUUGUACAAGUUAAUGAGAGACGGGGUCUCCAUCACGGACCCCGUGGGGAGGGCUAUGGCAGAGAAGCACAUGGACGUCCGCGAGGAGUUGGAGAUGGAGGACCUGCGGAGGGCCGAUGACGCGACCACCCCUGCUACACGCAUGGCAGACGACCGGGGUGCUGACCACGGAGAGGAGUCGGGAGGCCGAGGGGCGGGUCCCCCCAUGACGAAUGAGGGACGGGUUGGUGGUGUGCGCCCAGAGGACGAGCUCAGUACGCUGAGAGAGAGGAUACGGGUCCUUGAGGCGGGGCGACAACCGACCCGCUCGGAUGGCACUUUACGACAGUGUUCAAGGCGGGGGGUGGACAUGGCGUGGCUGAGGACGGAGGGCACAUCUGGCCCAUCGGGCGUCGUCGUGCCCCAUGAUCGUCGAAUGCUGCAGACGAGGUUGGAUAGUUGGGCCAGUGAGGGGUUGCAACAACAGUACGAGAGGUUGUGGGCAAGAGCGUUGUUCAUGGUUGGGGUGCCUUUCUCGUUCACGCGCCUCGAUACCACGCAGGAGCUGCAUGACUUUAUGGUGUUCACUGUCGAUGGCUCGGGAUCAGAGGAGCACGUCAAGUUGUGGUUUGCUUUGUACUUCUUCCACCACGAUGAUCCCCACGCGAACCCCAGGCCAAAAUGGCGGACGGUCGACAAGGCGAAGGCGGACGCAGGAAGGAUGCACCCCGCGUAUUGGUGGUAUCUGCAUGGUGCCGACUUCCCGCGUUUGCGGGAAGUUGCCAUCAAGGUGCUCGCUAUGUGGUCCACUGCCUCUCCUUGCGAGAGGAAUUGGGCCUCGCACGACUUCAUUCACUCGAAGAGGCGCAGUAAACUCUCGAGUGACAGUCUGCGGAAGCUCGUGUUCAUCCAUUGGAACAUGCAGCUUCUGCGAGCUCAGUCGGGUCCCCGAAGGGGUUUCGUGGAUGUUUGGGAGGAUAUGGUGGAGGAUCCGCCGGAGCCGCAGGUCGGCGCUGGCUCUGAGGAGGUGUAUGACGACAGCAUGACGAUUCCCGAGGAGGUGAAUGCAGAGAUUCGUAGCCGGCGCAAGGAGGGGGGGGAUCGUGCUAGUGCACAACUACACACCCUUCAUAUGAUGAAGGACAUUCACGAGUGCCACAGACCGAAUAAGGGGAGUGCAGGGGUUCAGCAGGACCGUCGUGUGGAUACGGGCUUUCGUGCGACCACCUUUGACGGUGAGGCAGGCUCUAGUGCAGCUACCCUAGAGGAAGGAUCAACACGCACGACAGAGGUGGUAGUCCCCCCCCCGGCUACUCCAUCGUUUGGUAUGCCAUCUGUUGUUGGAACAGGAGUGGAGCAUUGUGAUGCCCCUGUCUCGGGAAGUGUAGCACAACAGCCAUGUCCCACCGUUGAGGAGCAGGGGAGCGCUCCUGUUCCUGAGGAGCACGAGAGCGCUCCUGUUACAGAGGAGCGUGUGACACAUGCCACUGUUUUAGAGGAGCCGCAUCCCGUUGUCGAGGAUCAGGUGACCGCUCCCGCUGCGAAGGAGUUGGAGGCCGCUGCCGUCAUCUCUGGGCAGCAGACUAGGUUGGACGGCAGGGCGCGAGAGACAGAGGGUGUUCCCACAUCGUUGUCGUCCCCAGCGCUGCAUGACCCAUCUGCGUGUACGGGCACGGAUGAUACCACCUUUGCACCCUUCCAUUCAGAGGUGCCCCUUACUAUCGGGGAGGCUGUGGCCGGACAUGACACUGGGCACCCGUGUGUGAUGGAGACAGCCACACACACAAAUAUUGUGCAGCAGGAGGGAGUUGUUACGGAUGAGGGGGGCCACGAGACACACAGAGAGCCCACUUGCACGGUCGAGGAGGUUGCUCCCACAUCGGCAGAGGCCCCUCGUACAUUAGAGAGCACGGAGCUGCACACAACGACGACGACGACGACGUUUGGAGGGAGUCCUAGAGCUGGGAUGACUUCCGCUGCACUUCGGCCUGUGUCAUUCUAUACCGCUCCUCCGCUGCCUGUCUUACAUGGUCGUGCUGUGGUCCGCGGACCCGGCUUGACUCUUCCCCCUCGUACAUCGUCUCCUACUGCCACGACGCCUGUUGGGUGGUUGUCGUCAUCCAUGAGCAUAGCAGCAGAGCAUUCGCAGGGCAGUCGAGGUGUCCCAUCGGUGGCCCCAGUGGCUCGCAGUCAUUCGGAUCCCGUGUGCAUUGCACCGGUCAUUUCAGUUGCGGUUUCCCCACUCCCUACUCGAGUGUCAUCUGCCAUUAUUGACAAAACUUCGACGAGAGGGAGGAAGAGGAAGGCCCCUGACACACGUGGGCGAGAGCAGCCACAAAGACCUGCAGUGCAGGGUAGACCACGCGGGCGCCCACCAGGGGGUCGAUCGGGGAGGGGUAGAGGGAGACAUGGCGCCGCAGGAGCAACAGAGAGGCUGUUGGGGUCGCUCGGUGCUAUAGGGGGCAGGUCACCAGCGCCCAUAUCCAUGCAUGGAGUGAGGACUCGUUCUCGUGGUGCUGCGGACAGGACGAGGCGCAUCGAGGUUCAGGAGGACGACGACGAUGAUGAGCAGGGCAGUGGUGACGGGUCGGGGAGCGAGUACGAGGCUCCGUCACACUCCUCAGAUGGUGACGACGACGCAUAUACUGGAGGGGACGCUGUUGACGCCCAUUGUGGAGCGGCGGCAGGAGGAGCAGCUGUAGAAACGGAGGCAGUGACGGGCAAUGAAGAUGAUGAUGCAGAUGCGGCUGCUGAUGUCGAUGUAGACGGCUUCAAUUUUUUUGGUCCUGGUUCAUUUUGGGAGACACCUGCAGGACAGCCAAAAAACAGAGUGUAGUCAAAUGUUAGGAAAUGAAAUUCAAGUAAGAAU